AAACCCCGAGAUUUAUUUAUUUUACCGUCCCAAACACAGAAGUUGAAAUUACCAAAAGUCAUGCGCUUCUAAGAUCUGAGCUCUCCGUUUUCUUCUCUUCUUGAUUUCAGAUAGCACCGAUCGAGAAAUACAAUGGCUUCCACGUACUGUUAUUUCCUCGUCGCGGCUAUACUACUCCAGAGUUAUCGAAUCGUCGUUGCUGAGUCUAUUCAAGGAUGUGGCGGAUUCGUUGAGGCGAGUUCAGCGCUUAUAAAGUCGAGGAAGCCAACAGAUGGAAAAUUGGAUUAUUCUCACGUUACGGUUGAACUUCAAACACUGGAUGGCUUGGUUAAGGACCGGACACAAUGUGCUCCCAAUGGUUACUACUUUAUUCCAGUUUAUGACAAGGGGUCGUAUGUGGUCAAAAUCAAGGGACCUGAGGGAUGGACAUGUGCCCCAGAACAAGUACCUGUUAUAGUCGAUCAUGCAGGUUGUAAUGCCAACAAAGAUAUAAAUUUUCGGUUUACUGGAUUCACUUUAUCUGGGAGAGUUGUUGGAGCAGUUUCUGGGGAUAGCUGUUCACAUAAAAAUGGUGGUCCAGCUAAUGUGAAUGUCAAGCUUUCGUCUCCCAGUGGAGAUGUUGCCUCUUCAGUUUCAACGACAUCAACAGGAAGUUACUCAUUUAAAAACAUCAUUCCAGGAAAGUAUAAAAUAAGUGCUUCACGUCAUGAUUUAAAUAUCGACAUCAAGGGUUCUGAUGAGGUGGAAUUAGGAUUUGAUAAUGGUGUGGUAGAUGAUAUUUUCUUUGCAUCUGGCUACGAUAUUCGUGGAUAUGUGGUUGCUCAGGGAAAUCCCAUACUGGGAGUUCAUUUUUAUCUGUACUCGGAUAAUGUCCUGGAGGUGAGCUGUCCUCAUGACUCUGGUAAUGCACCUGGGCUUGGGAAAGCUCUUUGUCAUGCUGUAUCUGAUGCCGAUGGGAUGUUCACAUUCACAUCAAUACCAUGUGGGAUCUACAAGCUUAUACCUUUCUACAAGGGUGAGAAUACUGUUUUUGAUGUUUCACCGCCUUCAAUGUUGGUGUCAGUUCAGCAUGAUCAUGCUAUAAUCUCUCAAAAAUUUCAGGUUACUGGGUUUUCUGUUGGAGGUCGUGUGGUUGAUUCAAAUGGCAUUGGAGUGGAUGCUGCCAAAAUUGUAGUAGAUGGCCAUGAAAGAUCAGUAACUGACAAAGAAGGAUAUUACAUACUUGAUCAGGUUACAUCUAAACGAUACAGUAUCGAGGCCAAGAAGGAGCACUACAAGUUUGAGACGCUGAAUGACUUUCUUGUUUUGCCGAACAUGGCUUCAAUUAUUGAUAUCAAAGCAGUAUCAUAUGAUGUAUGUGGCACCGCUCAGACAGUUAGUCCUGCUUACAAAGCUAAGGUUGCUUUGACUCAUGGACCAGAGAAUGUCAAACCCCAAGUGAAAGAAACAGAUGAGAAUGGAAACUUUUGCUUUGAGGUUCCACCUGGUGAGUACCGAUUAUCUGCUUUCGCAGCCACAGCUGAGAGUGCUCCAGAACUUCUAUUUUCUCCUCCUUACACCGAUGUUAUUGUUAAUAAACCAUUACUAAGUGUUCAGUUUUAUCAGGCACAAGUCAAUGUCCGUGGUUCAGUAGUUUGCAAAGAUGAAUGCGGGUCUUCCAUUUCUGUUGUCCUUGUGAGACUCGAUGGUAAAAGCAAGGAAGAGACAAGAGUAAAUUUGACAGAUCAGAGUAGCGAGUUCUCCUUUUCCAAUGUACUCCCAGGAAAAUAUAGAGUUGAGGUCAAAAACUAUUCUCCCAGAGUGACAUCAGAAGAAGAUAUAUGGUGCUGGGAACAGAACUUUAUAAAUAUUGAUGUCGGGGUGGAGGAUGUUGAAGAUAUUACUUUUAUUCAGAAAGGCUAUUGGGUUAGGGUAAUAUCCAGCCAUGAUGUGGAUGCUUACCUGGUACAAGCAGACAGUUCACGGAUGAACUUGAAAAUUAAGAAAGGUUCCCAAAAUAUUUGUAUAGAGUCACCUGGUGUGCAUGAGUUUCAUUUUAUCGACUCAUGUGUUUCCUUUGGGAGCUCCACUUUGAAGGUUGACACAUCAAACCUAUCGCCUAUCAAUUUAAAGGGACAGAAAUAUCUCCUCAAAGGACAUAUAAAUGUUGAAUCAAACGAGAAUUUACCUGAGAGUAUAUCACUUGACAUCUUAAACAAUCAAGAGACAUUAGUUGAUGGUACUAUUGCCAGACUUGUCUCUACUGAGAUUGAUCAAUCAAGGACUGCUGUCUAUGAGUAUUCUGUUUGGGCUAAUCUCGGAGAAAAACUUGUCUUUGUCCCUCGGGACUCUCGGAAUGAUGUGGGAAAGAAAAUUUUAUUUUACCCAAGACAACAGCAUGUUUCGGUGGCAGAAGAUGGCUGCCAAGAUGCAAUUGCUACAUUUUCUGGUCGCUUGGGGUUGUACAUUGAAGGAUCAGUUUCACCCCCCCUUUCUCAUGUUCACAUACGGGUUCAUGCUGAGGGUGAUAGCCUUGUUUCUCCACUCAAGCAAGGCGAUAUAGCACUUGAAACAACCACGGGGACAGAUGGUUUAUUUCUUGCAGGACCUCUCUAUGAUGAUAUAGGUUACAGCAUAGAAGCAUCAAAGCCUGGCUAUUACGUGAAAAGAGUCGGACAUUAUUCCUUUUCUUGUCAGAAGCUUGGUCAAAUUUCUGUGCGAUUAUAUUCAAGAGAAGACAGCAAUGAGCCUUUUCCUUCUGUUCUCUUGUCGUUGAGUGGCGAAGAUGGAUAUCGAAACAAUUCAGUUACUGGUGUUGGUGGAAUUUUCAUGUUUGAUAACUUAUUUCCAGGGAGUUUUUAUCUCCGACCUUUGUUGAAGGAAUACGCUUUUUCCCCUCCUGCCGAGGCAAUUGACCUUGGCUCUGGGGAAUCCAAGGAAGUUGUCUUUCAUGCUACCCGAGUUGCUUUUAGUGCCUUGGGCAAAGUAACUCUAUUGUCUGGUCAGCCAAAAGAAGGUGUGUCAGUUGAAGCAAGGGCCGAGUCAAAAGGAUUUUAUGAAGAAACAGUAACAGAUUCCUCUGGGAGUUACCGGCUGAGGGGACUCCAACCUGAUACUACCUAUGUAAUAAAAAUAGCAAGGAAGAGCGAGCUUGAUGGCAUAAUUAUCGAGCGUACAUCUCCAGAUUCCUUGACUGUUAAGGUUGGCUAUGAGGAUGUCAAAGAGUUAAAUUUUGUGGUCUUCGAACAGCCAGAUAUGACCCUUUUAAGUGGCCAUGUUGAGGGAAAAAAUAUCAAAGAGCUCCGUUCGCAUAUCAGGGUGGAAAUUCGGUCAGCUACUGAUCCAUCAAAGGUUGAGACCAUCUUGCCCUUGCCCAUGUCAAACUUCUUUCAGGUGAAGGACUUGCCGAAGGGGAAGCACCUACUCCAGCUUCGAUCUGCUAUGCCAUCUAGUACUCUUAGAUUUGAGUCUGAGGCUAUUGAGGUCGACUUAGAGAGGCAACCUCAAAUUCAUGUUGGUCCAUUAAGCUAUAGGAUUGAAGAGGACAUCUACAAGCAGGAAUUGACUCCUGCUCCUGUGUAUCCUCUGGUUGUUGGAGUUUCGGUGAUUGCCCUGUUCAUAAGUAUGCCAAGAUUGAAGGAUCUGUAUCAAGCUUUGGUAGGAAUGUCCAUGUCAGGGUCCUCUGCAACUGCAAAGAAAGAUGUUAAGAAGCUGGCAGUCAGGAAAAAGACAUACUGAGGCAUGUUGCCUUUUGUAGGAGAGUAAAAUAACACAAAUUAAUCUAACAUCAGCUACCGCUUGCUAGGGAGGCUUUGGCCGGAUGAAUUUUUGAUAAUUUGCGCCGGCGGUUUUCAUGGUGGCCUUGUCAACUUGAUGUUUUAUUGCAAUGAAAUUUUGUUCUAUUUUUAUCAGGAUAUGACAGAUGUGAUAGAGGUGAUUGUAGUCAUAGUGAUGCUUCCCAGGAGUGUUUUGUACACUGCCAUAGUGCUUCGAGUAUUUAACUGCGGAUGAAUAUACAAGCGGUUUCAGAUUGGGACAAAUGUAAUAUGAAGCCCCGCCCAACUACGAGGUCUUCUCUUCAUUGACGGAUUUAAAUUUGAUGUUGGUGGGCUCUGCUUUUGCUUUAUGUUUGGAGUAAAGAAGAAAAGGGGAGUUUGCUC